UGAAGCUAAGCAUAAAUGUGUCGACGGAACACGCACGAAGUAAUUAAAUAAUAUUAGAACACUAUUUAAAUUGAUUGCAACCGCGAUGAUUAUACCAAUUCGGUGUUUUACUUGUGGCAAGGUAAUCGGAAACAAGUGGGAAUCCUACCUUGGCUUGCUUCAGGCAGAGUACACAGAAGGUGAUGCCCUGGAUGCUUUGGGCUUAAAACGCUAUUGUUGUCGUCGCAUGCUGCUCGGCCAUGUGGAUCUCAUUGAGAAGCUGCUUAAUUAUGCGCCACUUGAGAAGUAAAUGUGUGAGAGUCUACGCAUGGGCAUCAAAAAUAAACUGACUUUGAACUACAAA